AGACACACAAGUCCAUAACCUCUCUCCUUCUCCAUCAUAUUCUGUGUUUCUAUCACCUCCUAUCUCUGCUACUCUCCCCCCCUCUCUCUCUCUCCUUUAAUUACUUUUCCUUACUUUUCCCUCCUCUAAUCAGCAAGACCACUUGCUGGCCGUCGAGUUGGUGACACUUAACGGACCGGUUGUCAUCGGAUUACACAGGAAAAAUAAUUAUUCUCGCACUAAACUUUAUCAGAUAUGACUUACUCAUUGCGCUGUGGACUUUACCAGUUCCCAAGUCAUUGAUAGCUUCAGAGAGAGAGGUUCCAGGUAGUUCCACCGAAUCAAACAAGAAUGGAGAGUUUAAAUACAGUGGUAGCACUAGCCAUUGGUAUUUUAGCUGCAAUCACCAUUGCAGCAGUUGUUGCAUUGGUAGUGAUUUGCAAAAACUGUCAUUGCAGACAUGUUGAUCUUAUUACCAUGAUGCACAAAGAAAGCAGCCCCAGUGUCCAGCUACUUCGGACAUUGGGCAGUGGUGGUGGUGGUGGUGGUGAUCAGAUGGAUCCAGAAGCCAACACGGUGGAACUGGAUGACAUUGAUUUCCUCAAUACCAAGCUGGAGGAGGUUCUACGAGAUGAACAUUAUAUUGAAGAUGCUACUGGUUUGGUGCCACACUGCAUUGCCAUACUGAAGACAUGCCAUUACCUCACAAACAAACUGGUUGCUAUGGCAAUGAGCAGCUCUCAGCAGAUUCACACUGCAGAAUCAAUGAAUGACAUAGUGGCUGUGACAAAACGGAUUUGCCCAAGGGUCGAUGAUGUUGUUCGUUCCAUGUACCCACCACUUGAUCCCCGUCUCCUUGAAGCCAGGUGUACAGCCCUUGUAUUAUCCCUGAAUCACCUUGUCUGUGUUGUGAAGAAUGCCUACAGCUUGGCUGGAACCCUUGAUUGGACUGAUCAGUCCUUAGCUGAUGUUGAGGACCAUUUGAAGGUGCUGAAAGAAGCAAGUGUCUGCUUUGACAUGAACGGCUGUCUCCCCUCAGUAUCUUCUACGGAGGAGAACCACAACACUCUACAGCAACCCAUCAUACUGCCUGUCCAGGUCAAAGAUGAAUCUUCACAAGUUUAGCCUUCAAAUACAGACCUAUUCAUACCUGUAUAUUAUGUGUGUGUGCAUGCGUGCAAUUAUAUGUUUGUAUAUAUGUGUGUUUGCAUGUAUAUAUUAUGUAUUACAUAAUGUACAUAUAUAUAUAUGUAUAUGUGUAUAUAUAUAUAUAUAUAUAUGUAUAUGUGUAUAUAUAUAUAUAUAUAUAUAUAUAUAUGUAUAUGUAUAUGUAUAUGCAUAUCUAUAGAUAGACAGGUGCAGGCAUGGCUGUGUGGUAACAAAUUUGCUUCCCAACCACAUGGUUCCAGGUUCAGUUCUACUGCUUGGCACCUUGGGCAAGUGUCUUUGACUAUAGCCUCAGGCUGAAUAAAACCUUAUGUGUGUGUAUGUAUAUAUAUAUGUGUGUGUGUGUGUGUUAGUGUGUUUUCUCCCUACCACCACUUGACAACCAGUGUCCAUGUGUUUACAACCCCUUAACCUAGCAGUUCAACGAAUGAAACCAAUAAAAUAAAUACCAGGCAUAAAGCAAUUUACGUACUGAGAUCGAUUUGUUUGACUAAAAGUCUUUGAAGUAGUAUCCCAGUAUGGCUGCAGUCUAAUGACUGAAACAAGUAAAAGGUAAAAGAUAUAUAUAUAUAUGAA